GCAUCGGUACAGGUUUUCUUAAUGACAGCUGUGUAGGUUUUCCUACCGUAAGUCGUAUAGUGAAUUCAGCUGUUGAGGUGAAUUGAGGUGAAUUAGUGAAUUACGCUGAAAAAUGAAAUUCCCAGAGGAUAUCUCGCCUGCUCAGGUAGCAGCUGUGAAAGAGCUAAAAAACCGAACAAUAAAUGAUGUCACACCAAAAAUGCUUGAAGACAACUACUUAUUUUAUCGAUUUUUGAAAGCUCGUGAGUUUGAUUUACAAAAGGCAGAAGAUAUGUUAAGAAAGAAUAUAGCAUGGAGAAAACGAUAUAAUGUUGACACCAUUUUGACAGAUUAUACUCCACCAGAAGUUUUGGAAAAAUAUUAUCCAGUUAGCUUUAUUGGUUAUGAUAAAAAUGGUUUCCCUGUGCGUUAUAUAGAUUUUGCUACGGAUCAAAAAGGGAUCUACAAUUCGGUCAAGAAAUCAGAUCUCGUAAAAUUCAGUAUUUACAAACUUGAGCAAGAUUCAGAAUUAUUAAAGGCACAGAGUCAAAAGCUUGGAAAGCCGAUUACUAAAGUAUCAUACAUCUAUAAUUUUGAAGGCAUGACCAUUUCCAAAGCAACGGAUAAAACAUCCAUAGAAUUGCUUCUUCUUGGAGCCAGGAUAUUCCAAGAUAAUUAUCCAGAAAGAUUGAAGGAAAUUUAUGUUAUUAAUGCUGCAGCGUAUUUCUCAAUAAUGUUCUCCGUUGUGAAGACUCUAGCACCGCAACUCUUCAAUAAGGUUUAUAUUCUUGCUGCAGAAAAAUGGAGAGAAGAACUCAUUGAAGUUAUUGAUGCUGAUGCGCUUCCAGCUUUUCUUGGGGGUAAUAAAACAGAUUCGGAUGGAAACCCUCUUUGCAAAACUUUCAUAACCCAUGGAACAACAAUACCUGAAAGUUAUUACCUAAAAAAAUCAGAGAAGAAUCUUCUCCACUCCCCAGAAGCAAAGAAAUUGACUGUAACUCGACUCUCCAAAGAAAACCUCACUUUCGAAGUAGAGGAAGGCAAUUCUCUUCUGGAGUGGGAGUUCGAAACCAAGAAUAAAGAUAUCGCUUUCGGGGUGUAUUUUAAGGAAAAUUCCCACAACGAAUCCAAACCUGUCGAAUUAUUACCAAAACGAAGAAUUGAUACUUAUUAUGAGCCUGAAACGGGAAUUUUUAAAUGUGAACAACCGGGUACAUAUACCUACCAAUAAGAAAAUGCUUCAAUUCUUGCUAAAAUAUAAACGGUAUUUAGCAGUUAAAGGGAUCUAUCUGUAUUGGAGGCCAUGUUUCAUAAUAAUCGCCAACAAAAAAAGAAGAAAAAAGUUGAGGAACAUUGGCGAUAUGUCAACUGAUGAGUAUGUGUAAAAACUAUUAUCAGUUUUUAAAAACAGCAACAGAUUUUUUUGUCGUUUUGUCCUUUUGGCUCAUCUGGAUUCAUGGUCUCUAUAAAAUUGAUAAGUAUCAAAAUUUUCUAUCUCUUGGCAUUCUUAUUGCCUUUUCUACCGCAAUGGCAUUUCUUAUUACUUAAGAAUUGAUUUACAAAAGUAAAGUUUAACCGAUGGCUGUUAGAAGCUUUCGUACACAAACUUAUGUGGGAAAAUUCCAGCUCCUUCUGAGUGAGUCGCUACCUAGUCAUAUACAUACCGUACGCAAUCAAUCAAACUUAGUAGGGAAGAAAGAAAUUUUGUUAAGAUAUUUUGGCGUUGUAAACGGUCGCUGGGCACUGCUGGAACCAACAUUUAAUUUUUUUUGUCAUUGAUAAAUUUUUAAUGAUGAAUUUCUUUUUUUGGUGUAUUUAUUUUUUUACUAUAAUUCUGUUUCCUCUUUUUUUCCCCCCUUUCAUAUGU